AUUUUUUCUUCAAUCCUAACAGAGAAGGAGAAAUUUCCAUUCUCUAUCUUAACUUAACAGUAGCUGCAAGAUCUACUGAUCCUGCUGAAUCUGAUCAAGAAACUGUUGAAUUUAUUUUUUUUUUUGUAUAAAAUUUUUGUUUAUUUAAUUUUUUAGAUUUGGAAGAGAAGGGAAUGGGGGACAAGAAGGAGGAAGAAGAGUGGAGCGGAAGUGAGAGCGGGGAUUACACGUCGGAAGACGAAGGGACCGAAGAUUACCGGCGAGGCGGUUAUCAUGCCGUUAGAAUUGGAGACACUUUCAAGAACGGACGUUACGUUGUCCAAAGCAAGCUCGGUUGGGGCCAUUUCUCCACCGUUUGGCUCGCUUGGGACACUCAGCUCUCCCAUUAUGUAGCUUUGAAAGUACAAAAAAGUGCACAGCACUACACUGAGGCGGCAAUGGAUGAGAUAACAAUCUUGCAACAGAUCGCAGAUGGGGAUAAAGAAGAUAAAAAAUGUGUAGUGAAGCUUUUGGAUCACUUUAAGCAUUCAGGUCCGAAUGGACAGCAUGUUUGUAUGGUGUUUGAGUACUUGGGGGAUAAUCUUUUGACACUCAUCAAGUACUCUGAUUAUCGUGGCUUGCCAAUUCGUAUGGUUAAGGAGAUAUGUUACCAUAUUCUAGUGGGCUUGGAUUACUUACAUAGGGAGCUUUCUAUCAUACACACUGAUCUGAAGCCGGAAAAUAUUUUACUGUUGUCAAUGAUAGAUCCAUCUAAGGAUCCGAGAAAGUCAGGCACUCCCGUCAUCCUUCCCAAUAGUAAGGACAAGACAGUGCUGGACUCUUUAAAGUCUAUGAAUGGGGAUUUGAGUAGAAAUCAGAAGAAAAAGAUUCGGAGAAAGGCUAAGCGAGCGGCUCAGGGGUGUGUGGAGAAGGAAGUUUCUGCCGAAGCUGAUGGGGAUCCUGAGACCUCUGGUGCAGCUGAGCCAUCUCCCAGUGAAAAAACAAAUGCGGGUUCUGUUGAAGAACGUCCCACUAGUUCUGGAAAUGGCAAUAGAGUGUCUGAUGCUGAUGGUACAAAGGACACUGGUCAAGUGAGUCAAGGUAAUAAGAGAGGAAGCCGCUCCACGAGGCGGAAACUGUUGGCAUCAGUUGACUUAAAUUGCAAAUUAGUUGACUUUGGGAAUGCAUGUUGGACAUAUAAACAGUUUACAAAUGAUAUUCAGACAAGACAGUAUAGGUGUCCUGAGGUGAUCCUGGGAUCGAAAUAUUCUACGUCAGCAGACCUUUGGUCAUUUGCUUGUAUUUGUUUUGAGCUUUCAACAGGUGAUGUACUCUUUGAUCCCCACAGCGGUGACAACUUUGACAGAGAUGAGGACCACGUAGCUUUGAUGAUGGAACUUUUAGGAAUGAUGCCCCGCAAGAUUGCCUUGGGUGGCCGUUAUUCUCGGGACUUCUUUAAUAGAUACGGUGAUUUGAGGCACAUCCGUCGGUUGCGUUUCUGGCCCUUGGGUAAGGUCCUCGUUGAGAAGUAUGAAUUCAGUGAGCAAGAUGCAAAUGACAUGACUGAUUUCCUGGUUCCCAUCCUUGAUUUUGUACCUGAGAAGCGGCCUAGUGCUGCUCAGUGCCUUCUUCAUCCAUGGAUCAAUGCAGGCCCCAGACUUUUAGAACCAUCAGGGUCAUUAUCACAAAACCAAGCUGCAGAUAGUCACACUUCCGAGAAAAAGAAGAAUGAGAUGAAAGAGAGGGAGGCAGUGGAGGUUGGAAUGGGGAAUAUUGCCAUCAGUGCAGAUUCUAAACCUGCCAAAGAUCCCCAGUCUACUUUGAAAUCCUCCAAGGCAGCAUCUACUUCUAGGUAGGUAGGUCUCUGACCUACGUUUCUAGAAUCCUGCCCCUCCGGUUUGACUGCGUAGACUAGUUUUGAGCCCGACUCUAUGCACAGGACAUGUAAUUCUUUUUAAAACAUUUUUUCUUACAAAAUAUAACUGAAGAAGAGCAAAAUAUUUGUAUUAAUGUCAAAUAUCCUUGAAGGACACAUAUGAAUGAGCAUAAAAUUAAAAUUCAUGCUU